AUGUCGCAACAGCAACCCAUACCACCUCAGACUCAGUCGCCACCUCAGCCACAGCAAUUUCAGCCACAACAAACACAGAUGCAACCUCCGUUCACGCAACCUCAGGUUCAACUUCAGCGCCCUUCUCUUACCCCUUCCGUCUCCGCAUCCUCGCAAGGCUCAAGAUCUGGGGACCCUCAGAGAAUCAAGGAAGCGAAUGCUCGACUUUUGCGUCGCCACCGCGAGGUCGUGUCCCGUACCAAUGACUUCCUUGGCUUCAUGGGCGUCAUGAACAGCGCGCAGGGCAAUCUGCGCAAGUGGCUCGACAACACAAAGGCGUAUUACGCUGAAGCGAGACCUUUGAUUCUGAUGGUUUUACGCUGCGCACUGAAGACCCUCAAAACCCUCUGGGGCUUGGAGGAGACCGACUUCUUCCACGUCAGCAUGGGCAUCGACUUCGACCCCCGCGUCGGCGCCUUCAAGGAGGUGAUGCAGGUCGUACAGAAAUACACGGCCUACUUUGCAAGGGAAAACAACGAAGAAUGGACGGUACGAUAUCUCUUGGAAUCCAUCAACCCGGAAAUUCGAUUCGCACCUCUUCCACCGGUGGCGCUGCGGGGGCUUCCGCCAUCACAGCUGGCUAUCGUCGCAUCUUCCAGAUCUGCAGAGGCCCUCCACCCCACACCUGCACAUCCUGCCAUAUCUGCGUCGACAUCGAGCGCCGCUGCGAAUAGUCCCACUGCCGCCUCCUUCCAUCCGGCGGCAGCGGCAUACAGCGGCAGCGCGCCAAACUCGACAGUCGGCCCUUCCGAGGUUAUAGCCCCUCACCUCUACCUCGCAGCGCAGGAUAGUAUCAGUGCGCAUGGACAGCCCAAGAUCUCUCCUCCUGUACCUCCUCAGGUACCCAUGGCGAACCCGGCACCGAUGGCGAACUCAGCAACCAUAGCGAGUCCAGCAGCCAUAGUGAACCCAGCGCCCGUAUCGGCGCCGAUGCCGGUGGCACCCCCUCAGGCGCCCAUGCAGGCUCAGAUUCCCACGGGGAUCCAGCCGAUUGCGCCACACAUGAGCACGCUGCAGCCUGCGACGCCCACCAAGCCGCCCGUGGCUGCCUCGCCGCAGAAUGCUGGUGCGGCGCCUAUUGCUGCUUCUCCUUCGGCCGUUGCGCCUCCUCCGGUCGUCGCUCCCCCUGCGCCCGUCGCACCCGCUACUCAGGCGACCCAGCCGUCGGUCGUUGCAUCGUCAACUUCCGCUACGAUGCCUGCGCCGCCCAUCCAAGCGUCUCCCCCUCCUGCUCAGCCAUCUCCCGCUACACAACCCGUAUCUGCCCCGUCUGCGUCAUCCGCGCAACCCGCGCCAUCCACCCAACCUGUCCUGCCCACCUCUGCCGCUACCCCCUCUGACACUCCCUCUGCAUCCGCAGCCAGUGCACCCCCCGCAACCGCACCCAGUGCACCCUUCGCGCCUCCUUCAUCCACUACUGUCAUGCCCACCGUACCCUCCGCAACCGCCAACGCCCCUUCCGCAUCUGGCAACACGCCUUCUACAUCCACCCCACCCCCCAAACCCCGCCGCCCGCGAAAGAUGGACGCGGAGGCGCGGAAGAGGAUGCUGCAGGCGGAGGCGGCACGGCGCGAGCAGAAGACCGCGCAGAACCAGAGUCAGAGUCCGCAGCUUGGGGCGGCGCAGGUGGGGGGCGCGAAGGAAGGAGAGGCGGGGGGUUUGAAGACGGAGGGAACGCAGAGUGCGAAGUUAGAGUUGACGCAGAGUCCGCAACUGGGUACGCUGCAGAGCCCGCAAAUGGCAAAGGCGCAGGGUCCGCAAGUCGAAGCGGCGAAGACCCCGAAGGUCGAGUCGGCGCAAAGUCCGCUUGCGAGGACAGUGCAGGAGCUUCCGAAUAGGGCGACGCAGAGCUCAGUGCCCGGCGCGACGCAAAGUCUACAGUCCGCUCAGACGGCGAGUCCACAGUCCGCUCGAACGGCGAGCCCUCAAGCCAGUCCAUCUCGUCAAACGACCCCCGCACAAGCUGCGAGACCGUCGACGUCUACCUCGCCUACCACGUUUCGGCCUUCAACUCUGCGUCAAAGCACGGCGCCGCUGGAGGGGAGUACUGUGGCAUCCGAGCCCGAGGCCGUACCUCAUGAUGUCGCGCCAACCCAGGACGUGUCGAUGGAGCCCGUUGCGCAAGAAGAUGUGGAAAUGACCGACAGGAAUGAGAUGAAGCUUGAAAAUCCGCAGGCGACGCGAGCGAGCGAGACAGGCGCUUUGCCGAAAGACGCAAUUGAACUUGAGUCUACCGAGCCUGCAGCAAAAUCCGACGAUGUGCAGAUGAACGCGCCGCUCGAAGAGGCUAUGGAUGUCGACCAAACCGACGACGAACCUGCGCCGCAACCUACAAUCGCGGUAGAGGAAGCACCGGCGGAACAACCUCAAGUCGAGAAAGAGACUGCCAUUGAGCCAGCAACCGAGAGUCUUCUACCUCCCGCAGCCUAUGGUCUACAUUCGCCUGUAGCCGAGGGCCCUCAACCACCUGCAGCUUAUGCUCCUCGCCCUCCUGCAGAUGUCUCCAUGGCCGCGCCAGAGGACCCUGGCGCCGCACUCUCGCGCGCAACAUCGUCAUCCUUCGCCUCUCCAGCGCCGAAAUCGCCCCCACAGCGCGCCUUGACGCCAGUCCCGCCCCCAGACGAUAUCGGCCUCCGCAUCUGCGGAUUCACAUUCGCGGGAGAAAGCACUGUGGAAAAAUGCACCUUGUACUGGCAAGUCAGGCCGACGCAAGUCCCGAGUGUGAAGGCGUGGAAUACACGCACACAGUGCACCACCGACUUCUCGCGCGCAUACAGGGACGCGUCCUGCAUUACCUUAGCCUGCUACGCUGCCUCCGACCUCCCCGCGAGCAUCAAGGACAACCGUUACCACAUCACGUCCAAGCGUCCAUCGUGGCCCACGCACACGAAGGUGCGGCUUACUGUGCAAGAUGGAAACAAGGAGCGGGUGCUAUCCUUGUCUCCGCCUUUCAAGGUGAGCCGAUUCGUUCUUGUUGUUUCCAUUCGUUCCCAUCAUCCUCAACAACCCACUUACUACGCCCACUCCCAGCUCACCCCCGACGGCCUCUUCGACCUCACGCCCUUCAGCGCCGAGGGUGCCAACCAAGUCACGCUCUACCUCUACCGCGCACCGGGCGACAACACCGACUACUGCUUCCACCUCUAUGGGCACCGGCCGACGCCGGCGAUGGUGGAGCAGGUCGUGCAGGCGCAGCGGAGAAAGGAGGAAUGGAACGGUGUGCUGGCGUCGUUGGCGAAGCCGUUUGACUUCACUUUGCCGGGUGUAGGGGUUGGAGCGUGA